CUGUCAAACCUCCAUCUUUUAACAUCCAAGAAUUAACAAAAGUCGUUAUGUCCUCCAACAACUCCUCCACGGGCAAUACCAGCAGCUCCUCCAAGAGCAAUGCCAACAGCUCUUCCACGAACUCUGGUAGCAGCCAGAGUGAUUCCCGAUUCGUAAAGGAUAACUGGGGCAGUUACCCCAACUUCAUGGCAUCCUAUGGCCUCAAGUUUCAUGAUCAAGGCGAUUAUUCUGAGAGUCAAGCUAUCUUGAAAGGCUUGCGCGACUGCGAUGCUCAGCAGAAUCAGGGUGGAAAAUAGAGACGUGAAUGAAGUGGAACGUUGACCAACAACGUACAUACAAGAGGCCUUGAGCCAUGAUGUCUCUGAAGUUGUCCAUAGAGCUUUCUAUAUAACAAUUGCCAGACCAUAUUUCUCCUGA